UUGACAACAUCGUCAACAAUGGUGGAACGAUUCUGUGACAUUUGUGAGGCAGUGUUCGUUUUCUGAUACGAAAAUAUUAAUGAUGAUCAAUAUUUUAAACAUAAUAACAGUUGCGAUAAUAUUUUAACAAUAUUUCGCUUCAUAUUGACACAAAACAUUGAGAAUGUGUGAUGUUUGUUCGGAGUUUUCACAGCUUUUAGUCAAUUGUGAAACAAGAUUAACCGAUGAUGUGUCUCAGUACCCAACAAUAAGCCAGUCGGAGCUAGAAACUGUGUUAAAUUAUAUACUUUCUUGGCCUCAAAGGCAAUGCAUGUGCUGUUAUAGAGAUGCAAAAAACUUCGAGAGAUUCUAUCUUGUGGUGCAAAGUAUACUUUGUCUAUCAGUAUGUCAGCUCAAACAGUUAAAAGAUGAUUUAAUUGAAUCAGCUAAAACACAAUCACAACCUGAGAAUCAAGAUGCACCGAAGCAAGAUGUUGCACCUGUUGCAAAAACUGAUGAAGAAACCAGUAAACAGAAAGAAGAUAGUGAGGAAACAGACAGUACAAAACCAACAGAAGCCACCAAAACGGUUGAGGAUGAAGCAGUUAGUGAUAAACCUGAGACUACAAACUCAAACGAGCCUUGGUCAAUGCAACAAAAAGAGAAGUUAAUGCAUAUAGUCUCAAAAAUAUUCCUUCUAAAUUUUCCUUUAUAUGUAGCCUGUAAACACACAACUCUGAGCCGUUUAGAUGACUUGUCUGCACAGGAAAUAUCCAACUUGAGUUCAUACUGCGAUCUUCAUGAUACAGAAAUCCCUGCAUAUUUAUUAAGGAAUGUUAGUCUGUUUUGUAAGUUAGGUGGUGUUUGUGCCAUGACAUCAGUGUUUGAGAGCGCAACACCCGCUAGUUUACCUUUGUCCAUGGCACACGCUAUAGUGGCAGCUGUUGGCAAUUUGAAAUUAUGGUUGAAUUUUAGAGCAGUGGCUCAACUUUUUAUGCCAUUGAGAAGUAAGAUAUUAAAGUACAUGUGCAGUUUGGAGGACAAAGAUUUAAGAGUGCCAGCAGUUAAAUCAAUGGCCGAUUUCAUGUGGGGUGCUGGGAAAGAGCCGCUAGAUGCACCGUUAGCUUUUGAUGAGGAUGGCCUCGCGUUGGCGUUCAAAUACUUCAACAGUAGCACUCUAACAAUGAGACUGGCUGGAGUGGCUCAAAUAAAUGCACAUAUAGCUGCACACAACGAGCUAUGUGCAGGCGAGACUGCUGCAGAUGUUGAGGUAGCAGGUCAACAGCUGGCCGCUUGGUUGAGCUUUAACAAUAUCAUUGAACAUCUGUUUGGACCCAAUUUACAUGUAGAGGUAAUCAAACAGUCGCACAUGAUACUAAAGUUCCUGGCAGUGGAAGGUCGCGUGACGCCCGAGCACGUGGAGCUAGUAUGGGCGGCCGCUCAGCUGAAGCACUGCGGACGACAGGUGUACGACCUGCUGCCGGGGUUCAUCAGAGCACUGGCUCCCAAACCAUGUGCACAUUUAUACAGCCUCCUUUGUGCAUUACCGCCCAAGGAGCAUACUGAACAGAGUCUAUACCUGGCGUCGGCACUAAUGCGCGCGAUGUGGGCGCGCGGGGGCUGCGGGGCGGGCGCCGCGUCCCCCGCGCCCGAGCCGCCGCGCCUGGCGCCGCCUGCCUGCAAACCGCACCACCGCUCGUCCUCCGAGGCCAGCGUCAGCAUGGACCAGACCAACUCUGACGAUGACCCGUGCGAGGAAUUAAGUACAUCAGGCGAAGACGCGGGACCCACGCCGCGCAAACAAAGUAAACAUCAGAGAGAGCUUACUGCUGAGCAGCAGGAGUGGCUGCGGGGAGGGGACGAGCUCACAAAAAAAGAAUGUCCCACUUUAAAGUCUUGUCAAAAACGCAACAAGCGCGCGGGCAGCAGCGGCAGCGCCAGCAGCGGCGCCGAGGAGGUGCUGCGGCCGCGUAAGAAGCUCUACAAAAAGCGUACCACGCGCAAGCCGCGCAAGAACAGGCAUUUCCCAACGCAGCUGAAGGCAGCAGAGCUUGCAGAAUCAGUCUCUGAAGUGGAAGAAGAGUCUUCAGGCAGCGAUACAGCUCACUGUCAACUUCUAUGUGAAAAUGUAGAUGCCAGAAGAUUAAUGGAGCUUCGACUAAUGGAAAGCUACAAGCGACGCGAGGAAGAGGAGGGCAGCGCUUCGUCCGCAUUGUCAGCGCACUCGCACAGGCACUUACCUGACUUGGACGAGGACGACUCGGCUUGUGAGGAAGAGUUGGCCCGCCUCGCUGCGCAGGCGCAGUGCCUGACAGAGUACGGCGGCGCGGUGGCGGCGGCGGGCGCGGCGCUGGAGGCCCGGCCGCCGUCGCCCGCGCCCGCGCCGCUUCCCUUCAGCGUGGACGACGUGUGCCGGCCCGGCAACACGCUGCUGUGGGACUUGCUGCAGGACGGCGCCAUUGAACAACUAGGCGAAGGUUUGGCCCUAGAGGCGGAAAAAGCACUUUGCGCUCUGCUGUGUUUUAGUACAGAUAAAUUUAUUAGGAUCAAAUUCAUUGAGGGUUGCCUGGACAAUCUUGCGAAUCACAGAUCGGUAGCAGUAUCAUUACGACUAUUGCCGAAAUUAUUCUCCUCAUUUCAACAACUGCGCGGCAUGGACAUGCAUCAGGUGGUUAUGUGGGCGGAACGCGAGCGCGGCAUGAUGAGGCUCUUCCUCGAGGACUUGCGGUACUACGUGCAGAAUCGUUCGCCGAACUUGUCCGCGAGCGCGCUCGGUACGGGCGGCGCGACGGACGCGCAACACUACGCGCACAUCACCGAGCUGACCGUGCGCCUGCACUUCCUCACGGCUAUAUUCUCGCCUGUGGGCUCGCCGCAUCAUUUUAGGUUAACAGUGGAACAAGUAGAGGAGCUGUGGCAGUGCCUGGUGGCGCGCGGCUCGAGCGAGUGCGCCGACUGCCUGUACUCGUGGCUGCUGUCACAUACAAAGUCGCCGGACCAGCACGCGUUGGGGCUCGAUGCGUUGAGGUUUCUGUACGUCGAGAAAAUGCCUACACUCGACCCUGAGACGAUAAGCAUCAUGGGGCUGAGCCUGUACCAGCAGCUGUGCAACUUAGCGCGCAUGGCGCUCGGCGCGGGCGACUCGCGGGACGCCGCGCAUCCGCACACACUCGCUAUGGAUCACCUGUGGAAGAUAGCUCUGAGAGCUAAUAGCACAGAUGUAUCAAUGGGAGCCAUUCAAUACCUAAACAGUUACUACAUGGGCCAGCAACUCCAGCAGGAAGACGACUUCGUUUCCAAAUGCAUGUUCCAUCUAUCUUCCGCAGCCGAAAGGUUGAUAUCGAAAGACCAGGAUGGACAAGGCACAUCCACGUCACCGAGCGUGUCUGUCGAAGAGAAUAAAGAGAACGAAAAGAGUGUGGAUAAACAAAAUAUAUACGAACACAUGACUGAGGAAGCCGCAUUGCAGUGUAUACAGAGGGCGUUACUGUUACUGAAAACUCAUUUGGACACAUUCAAAAGGAGAUACGCAUACCACCUGCGGCGCUGGGCGCUGGCGGAGUCAGGCGCGUGGGAGGGCAGCGCGAGCGGCGCGGGCAGCGUGCGCGUGACGCUGCAGCCGGCGGGCGCGGGCCCGCGCGCGUGUCUGGCGCUGCACCAGUCCGACCUGGUGGCGCACCUGCGCGCCCACGUGCACCUCUGGUGGGAGAGGCAGAUUCAAGGUGAAGAUGGAGUAACCGCGUUAUCCACAGAUGGCCCUUUACGAAUGAUCACACAGGGUCAGGAGCUGACUAUAGACUACGAUGAAAGAACUCUGUAUGACAUGGGGUUUAAAGACAAUCAGUUGGUGUUCGUGUCCGUGGGCGUGGGCAGUCGGGGCGCGUGGGCGGAAUGGCCGUCGGCGCAGCCGGCGCCCGCGCGGGCGCGUUUGCCCACGCACUUGCUGCUCGACCCCACGUACUUUCACCAUUUGUUCACGCUGAUGCAAGCUUUGGGACAGAUGAAGGAACCCGGCACUGGGGAACCCAUAGCACAUACCAAAGCACAGUUGCUAUCCCGUCGUGUAUGGGACAUCCUGCAAGCGGUCCCCCUCAACCCGACUCUAUUAGAAGCAUUCCAGAACCCAACAGAGAACAAACUACCCGAACUCCUCGACCCGACCAGCCCGCAGAAGCUUAUGUACUCACUACACAUUAUAGAUAAACUUAGUUCAAACAAUGGUCCCAAUGCGAAAGAUGCAGGAGUGUUGGAUAAGACUGAAGAAAAAAUUGCCGACGACAAUUGGAACGAAUUGUUCAUCAAGAAAGGUGGUUUGCGGUCGCUUUAUGAUAUUAUGAUGUCAGGUAUAUUGCAGCGGAGUGACGACAGCGAAUGGCGACAGGAUUGCCUGGCGCUGCUCUUACAGUUGCUAUGUCGGAUAGGAACCUUGCCUUCUGGCGAAACAGGACAGACUCCGAAACUGCACCCUGUCAUGUUAUCGUUGAUGAAUGUGGAAGAAACGACAGAGAGGCUAAUAUCAAUACUGUGUGAAGCAGCUACCGUCAAAGAACCCACCACUUAUAAGACUGGAUUUUGGGGGCGAGCACAGGUUGUGCAACACGCUAUGCGGCUGUGCGUGGUGUGGGCGCGCGGCGGCGGGGACGCUGUGUCGCUCGCGUGGUCGCUGCGCCGCGCCGCACCGCGCUUGUUGCUCGACGACGCCGACCCGGCGGUGCGGCGCGAGGCCGGCAGCGCGCUGUACCGGCUGUGCGCGGGCGGCGAGCCCGCUGUGUUGGCGCCGCUACUACAGCUGCUACUGCAGCACCUGCCGCGUGCUGCCGACAUGCGCCCGCAUCCGCAGCACCACCACGAGGUAGUACAUCACCAUGCUGAAGAAGGCAAAGAGCCGUACGGACCUGCAUGCAGAGACUACUUCUGGCUGGUCUGUAGGUUAAUAGAUGGCCUGCCGGAGGAUUUUUUUAAAGAAGGAGCAGUAUCAGAAGACAUAGGAGCACCGGAUCUGAACGAGCUCUGCGAACAGAUACGCUGCUCUUUAGAGAAGAGGGAGAUCAUAGAGAAGCGCUCCGAGCCGUGUUCCCCCGACGACGGGCUCUAUGGCCAGCUUAGCUUGUUGACGCAUUUGUUGAAGCACCCCUUGAGGUUUAAGAACUCAGAACAGGGUACUAGAACAUUGGAAAUGGUAUUCGAGUUUCUGUUCGACGUGCCGAACCCGUCGCAGCGCAACCUCCCCAAGUGCAAAUCUCAGAAGUCCCGCGCUGCGGCCUACGACUUAUUAGUGGAGCUGGUCAGAGGCGCGCCCGACAACUAUAUGGUGUUGCACCACAAACUGAUGGAACACCAUAAACCUGGACCUCAAUCAUCAUACCCAUGGGACUACUGGCCGGCGGAGGAGUCGCGCUCGGAGUGCGGCUACGUGGGGCUCACGAACCUCGGCGCGACGUGCUACAUGGCGUCGUGCAUGCAGCACCUGUACAUGAUGCCGGCGGCGCGCGCGGCCGUGCUGAGCGCUGACUCCACCGCCAGCAGACACGGGACCACUUUACACGAGAUGCAACGCAUGUUCGCUUAUCUUAUGGAGAGUGAGAGAAAAGCUUACAACCCGAGGAGUUUUUGCAAAGUGUAUCAGAUGGACCACCAGCCUCUGAACACGGGCGAGCAGAAGGACAUGGCGGAGUUCUUCAUCGACCUCGUGUCUAAACUAGAAGAGAUGACGCCCGAACUCAAGAAGUUAGUCAAGACGCUCUUCUGCGGUGUCCUUAGCAAUAAUGUUGUAUCACUGGACUGUCCGCACGUUUCAAGGACUCUAGAAGAGUUUUACACGGUCCGCUGCCAAGUGGCGGACAUGCGGAACCUGCACCAGAGCUUGGACGAGGUCACUGUGAAGGAUACGUUGGAAGGCGACAACUGCUAUACGUGCUCGCAGUGCGCGAACAAAGUUCGGGCGGAGAAAAGGGCGUGUUUUAAAAAGCUGCCUCGCAUCCUGUGCUUCAACACAAUGCGCUACACGUUCAACAUGCUGACGAUGCUGAAGGAGAAGGUCAACACGCACUUCUCGUUCCCGAUGCGGCUCGACAUGUCCGGAUAUGUUGAGAAGCACCUAAUGCCAGCGCAGUACCAGGAGGAGAAAAUAAAAUCGGCGGAGUUGAAAAAGGAUGCUGAAGGAGGUUCUUAUAACGAAACUGAAGAUCUGGAUUCUGAACAACAUUAUGAGUAUGAAUUAAUAGGCGUGACAGUACACACGGGCACUGCGGACGGCGGCCAUUACUACUCGUUCAUCCGCGACCGGGAGCACGACCACCCUGACCGCUGGCUGCUGUUCAACGACGCGGAGGUGAAGCCGUUCGACCCGGCGCACAUCGCUGCCGAGUGCUUCGGCGGCGAGAUGACCAGUAAAACAUACGAUUCAGUGACGGAUAAGUUCAUGGACUUCUCAUUCGAGAAAACAAACAGCGCGUACAUGCUGUUCUACGAGUUGAGCCCGCCGCGCACGCAGCGCGGCUCCGACUGCGGUCAGCAAGAGGAGGCACAGUCGUCGCGAGCCGAAGAGAGUGCCAGCUCGGCGCUGGAGCGACGCGACGCGCUGCCCGCCGUGAGCCUGCCGCCCGAUCUGCUGCACUGGAUAUGGGACGACAACAUGCACUUCCUGCACGACAAGAACAUCUUCCAGCAUUCCUACUUCACAUUCAUGGGUCAGAUGUGCAGUUCUGUGCCGCAGUCGCUGCUCACGUUACGGCCAGAAGUGACGGAGGUCGCCGCGAGACUGUCCACUUCUUUUUUCAUUGAAACGUUUAUACAUGCCAAGGAAAAGCCUACAAUGGUGUCUUGGGUGGAGUUGGUCACUAAACAGUUCAACGCGUCGGCGGCGGCAUCCGAGUGGUUUCUUGGCCACAUGGCCGACGACACUUGGUGGCCGAUGCAAGUAUUAAUAAAGUGUCCAAACCAAAUGGUCCGGCAAAUGUUCCAGAGGCUAUGCAUGCAUGUCAUACAAAGGCUGAGGUCUAGUCAUUGCGCCUUGUACCUGCAGGGUGUGGAGGAAGGCGAUGAUAGUAGUAAAUUGGGCGAAGCGAGCUGUGUUACUAGGUUUAUAAGGAUGUUGUUAUCGUUGAUGGAAAACGGGGCCCGAUCUCAUUUAAGGCACUUGACGGAGUACUUCAGCCUCUUGUACGAGUUCAGCAAGAUGGGGGAGGAGGAGGGCAAGUUCAUGCUGCGGGUCAACGCCAUCUCCUCCAUGGUCAACUUCUACCUGGGGCAGAACUCCAACACGGUGGAAUCUCCAAGCGACGAGGCGAGCGGAAGCGGCAGCGGGAGCGGCAGCGGCGCGGCGGAGAGCUGCGGCGACAAGCUGCGGCCCGGCGCGCUCGACAAGAUGGUGGCGCUCGUGAGCGGGCUCGUGGAGCGCUCGCGCGACGCCGCCGGGCACCUCGCUCUGGACGACCCGGACGCGCGCGCUCUGUUGCAUGCGAAGGGGUUUCCUUUCAUCUACCAGCAAACGCGCGACUGUCUGAACCUGCAGCAGACGCGCUCGCUGAUAUUCGCGCUGUGUCGCUGGAACGAGGCGCUCGCGCAGAAGAUCGUCAACAUGAUCUUCCAGGCGAUCGCUAAACAUUGCGAGAGCUGCGGCCCAUUUUUUAAGCUGCUAACGCUGCUGGUGGAGGGCAGCGGCGGCGGCGCGGGCGCGGGCGCCGGCCUGCCGUGCUUCACGCAGCUGGUGCUGGCGCGCCUGUGGGACGCGGCCGACGUGUGCCCGCACGCCGCGCUCGAGUGGCUCGCUAUGCAGGUGCCGCGCAACAAGGCGGCGCACGCGUGGGCGCUGCGCACGGCGGACCGCUGGCUGGAGGCGCAGCUGCUGGCGGCGGGCGCGGCGCGCGUGCGGGCGGCGGCGGCGCUGCUGCUGGUGGCGCUGGUGCCGUCGCAGCACUUCCGCGCGGGGUACGCGCGCGCGCGCCCGCUGCCCGCGCCCGCGCUGCACCUGGCCAAGCUGCCGGACACCGCGCACCACACGCUGCACCAGGUUUACACAAUGUUAUUGGGAAAAUUGAAAGCGGCUCGAAAGUACACAGACAUCGCGGUGCACGGAACUAUGAAGCUGACGGCUUACUUUGGUGUCAUGUCCUAUUGCGUCGUCAGCAGGGUGGAAAAACUUAUGUUCGGCCAGUAUUUUAUGGACUUGUGGGAGUUGUACCACCCAGCGAUUUCGGAGCCGUCGGUGGCGGUACACCCGAACAAGCAGGCGCUGCUGACGUUCUGGCACGCGGUGACGGUCGACUGUCCGGAGAACGUUCAGCUGAUGCUCACCAACCAGAGGCUCACCAAGCACAUCGCCUUCAAUUACAUACUCGCGGACCACGAGGACGGCGAGGUGGUGGCGUACAACCGGGCCAUGCUGCCGCCGUACUACGCGCUGCUGCGGAUGUGCUGCCGCCGCUCGGCCGCGUUCGCGCGCACGCUGGCGCAGCACCAGAACAUCCACUGGGCGUUCCGCAACAUCGCGCCGCACGCGCACCUCUACCCCGGCGCUGCGGACGAGCUGCUCAGGUUGGCACGGAUACUGGCGGCACGGGGCGGCUCCGGCGCGGCGAGCACGCCCGAGGGCACCGACGCACGGGAGGCCGCCGCGUUUCGUAGAAGCACGCUCUCCGCGUACUUACAGGGGCUGAACGGGCGCACCUGCUGGACGACGCUCAUCUCUGCGUUCUGCACGCUCGUCGAGAACGAGGACGACCGACUCUACGUCGUGUGCAACGGCGGCCUGCAAAUGACAUUCGAGGCUCUACACAGUCUCCACGCGGUGUACGUGGAAGGCGGGGCUGGCGUGGGCGGUGUGGGCGCGGGCGUGGGCGCGGGCAGCGGGGCAGUCCGCGCGGAGCUGGUGGCGGCGCUGCGGUGGGCGCGGGCGCUGUGCCGCACGCUGCGGCUGCGGAGGGACGCGAAGGAGGCGCGCGGACUGCUGCUCGCGUGCAAGGACUGGCCCGAGUGCGCGCGCCGCCUGCUGACGCUGCUCAACUUGCACCAGAGGACGCCUCGGCUGCCUUACGCGGCGCUCGGCGUGGUCCGCGAGCUGGUGCUGAUCGGCGGGUGCGCGGCGCUGGGCGCGCUGGUGCCGCUGGCGGCGGGCGCGCACGCAGCCGCCCGCGCCGCGUCCCGCCCGCGCGCGCGCACGCCGCACGCGCCCGCACACUCGCUGCGCACCGCGCUCUACCGCCCCUACCACAAGUUUAUUGACACGUGUUGCCGCGUGGCGCGCAGUCAGCGCUGCAUGUCGGAGCAGCUGGUGCUGCUGUCAGCGCUGUGCGCGCUGGAGGCGGUGCCGCUGAGGUUCAACUACUUCGCCGCCUUCUGGAGGGACGUGGCCGCUUCGCCGGCGGAUGCGAAGCUAGAAGAGAUGCUGUUGGAAUGCAGCGUGGUGUCGGAGUACGUGGACGCGAUACUGCUGGACGAGCGCGAGUCGCUGGCCGACCCCGCCAUCUACGAGUUCAUGCAGCACUACUACCCCAAGUUGGGUUCAUCUUCGAGUCCGAACGCGGCGAGCAUCGCCGGGAUCGCGGGCGGCUCGGGGAGCACCGGCGCCGUCAUGGGCGGGCCCCGGGCGGCCGAGGCGCUGGCCGACGAGAUAGCGGGCAGCGCGACAGUCGCGUCGCUGGCCGCGCUGCUGGGCAACACGCACGCGCUGCUUCUACUGGCAGAGCGCGCGCGGCCGGCGCCGGGAUCGCCGCUCGCACGCGCCUUGCAACGGGCCGCCACCGCGUUGCACCAGCGACUACUCAGACCCACCGAAGAGGAAACCGGGGAGACGGAGACUGGAGAAUCGCCGAGCGAGACGCGGUGUCCGUCUGCCGAGGGCAGCGAAGCCGACGAGCCUAUUGAAGAGUCUGACGAUUCCAGCUCGGAGACCCCGGCGCCUUCGCCCCCGGCGGACCUACUCCCCCUACUGUCGCACGCUCUGCGGCGCCUGCAUCAGUUGCAGCCCCCCGACGAUUGAGUGAGAUUGAUGAGCCUAUUAUAAAAUAUCAGUACUACCGUCUUACCGAGACUCGCUAAGAACGCUAUAAAAAAAAAACGUGAUGUUUCAAAUGUGCCGGGCCCGAACAAAGGGUUCGAUAAAAUUGUUUCAAUUGAAUAUAUUUUAUAUUUAUUUUUUAUUUAAAAGUGUUUUUCCACAUUGGAGGUUAAUUUGUAAAUUUGAAUAAAAUAAAUAAUAUCGAAAAAUCCGACCGUGUUGGUUGUUGUAUUGUGGGUGUGAGAACUGAAAGCAUAAGCGUAAGGUAAUUAGUAGAAUAUCGAUUCAAUAAAGAUGAAGUUUAAUUUGGUGACAUUUAGCUAUCAGUCUCAGUGUUCUCUUUAGCCAAACCUACCCUUUAACAACGAAAACAAAUGCACUCUGUUCAAAAAUUAAAUUUAAAGGUAGAGCAUGUAUAAAUAGAAACCAAAUUAGUUUUCAAAAAUGGCGCAAAAAUUCCCAUUAUAAAUACACUUGAACUUUGGACUAUUUCAGUGUAUGCAUGUAUUAAUAUCGUCAUAAUUAUGAUAAACAUUCCACAUGUCUUGUCAUAAGGGAAAAUUUAUUUAGUCUCUGCAGUAGGAUUAACCACUUGCUAAAAUAUAAAUACGAUUCGGAUCAACGUGAAAUUGUUUAAAAAAUGUAUAUUGUAUUGUAAAAAAUUAUUUUUAACUGACUUCCAAAAAGGAGGAGGUUCUACGUUUGGCUGUAUGUUUUUUUUUUUGAAAUUUCAUUUGCAGCAAAUAAAUCAUCAAAAUAACGAUAAAACUUACUUGCACAUAAGAACAUUUCCUCAAGGAAAGCAAAAUAGACCCUCCAAUAUAGACAAAAUAACGUAAAAACCCAAUCCGAAAAAAAUUUACGUUAAAGUGUCCUUUCACUUACAACGUCUCAGACAACAGGGCAAAUUAAAUUACUAUUGCUUUCUUAGAAAGUGAUUGAAUUUACUAAUUUAUGAGUAAAUUAAAUACUUGGGCCAUCAAGAAGAAAUAAAAUGCAGAAUUAGACAAGGAAAGGCUACUUUUUAUAAAAUAUCCAAAGCAUUAUGUGAACCCAAGAUUCCUUUCCCUACAAGAUAUCGGAUAUGUUAAUAACAUAACAAAUGUUAUGUUUGGUCCAAGACAUGGGUCCUAAAAAGAGUUAUCAACGGUUGCAAGCUUUUGAGUAGUUUAAUGUUUCCUGGAAACACAUCGUCCUGAAUGAGCCUCUAAAAAGAGCCAAUUGUAACCGUAGCAUCGUGACAAUCAUGUUUGGUGAGUGAGGAGGAAAAUCGCAUUUUUCGGGCAACUUCAAAGAAGAUGACCUCUUUGAGUUUCCCAGGUUGAUCCUAGACGGUAAGAAACACGGAAAACGUGCUCCAGAAAGACACCAAAGAAAGCGGAUAGAUGAUGUCAAAGAGUGGACCAAGGUAACCUACAGCUUAAACAUUGUGCAAAUGACCGAAAGAGUUCACAUGACCGCCAAAUUUCAAUUGGAAUGAGGCACCCACCCAGUGAAGUGAAGGUAUAAGUAAUCAAAUUGAACUGAUUUGAUGGUAAUUUAUACUCAAUAUUUAUAUACUAACCACAUAGUAGGCUAGUUGACUAAUAUCAAAUUUUAACUAUACAUUAUUAAUUUCGUAUAGUACUUGGAAUCCGAAAUAUACUAAUUUUAAUUAAAAAUAGUAAAAGAUUGCUUAAGUUUAAAAUUUUAAUAUUGAAUAUCUAUUUUUCCAAACGCUAGAAACGGCAUGAAGUCAUAGCCUUAGUAAACAAUCAAGUCAAAUGAUGACACGGAUGUCUGAUUUUUUUGCUUAAAACUGAUUGACAUGCUUUGACUCACAGUUUACCGGGAAUCCCGUUAAAUACAGAAAUGGUAAUUACCAUACUUCUGGUGUAAAUAUUAAAAAAUUUGGUUUUAAUAGAAAACUAAACUAAAAAACAGAUAAACUAUAAACCAUCAUGGCGGCCAGCACUUUCGGACGUUAUCCAAAAGUUUAUUUACAAAAAAAAGGUUGGGAAUAGUCCCAAAAAAUAUAAAAUAUAUUUUACAAUCUAACUAAUAGGAUAAUAAACAAUUUAGGACCUCUUUAAAAACAAUGUCAACUAGCCUAUUGACCCGGUUCAGCGGUGGGGGGGUCAAUGACAGGAUAAAGAGGGAGGAGCGAGUGGCACGCGGAUUUUAUGUCAUAAUUGCUCAGACCAAUUAUAGAAGGACCUGUAUCGCACUCAUAGUCACGAACAAAAUUGUCUGUCAUUUUCUGAGGAAACCGAGCUUAGAUUUGGUAUAUAUCAUAAACUAAACUAGAAGUUUUUGCCCGUUUUUUACACAAUUCAAUUACACAAAAAGGUGUUUUUACGGAGCUCUUUAACCGACAAACACGAUUGAAACUAUUUAAUAUCAAUUCUAUAGAGACAGUUUUUAUAAUCGCAUUAGAUCGGUGAUCAUAUACUUUGACAGAAAAGUAACGUCUAGCGAGGCAGGUCCUAUACAAUAAUUGGUCUGAGCAUAAUUGUCAACGUAUUUUAACGGUCCACUUCUAAACCUUUUCUUUCUUAUUGUUAAUAUGACAUUCAAGAUUAUGGACAUGGACAUUUUGUAAUUUAUUAUUUAUUUUGUAAUUGUGACAUUUUGUAAUUUUUUUUUUUUUUUUUCGCCUACAUGUAUUUAAAUACAUACGAUAUUAAUAUUCAUACACCAGUUAUUGUAAAAUGUAUUAGCUCAAUUCUAUUUGUACCAUCGUGUUCGACCUAUAUUUUCGUGAAUAAACAUUCAUUCAUUCAUUGUAUAAAUUCUUUGUUCAUUAAAUUAUCACGUGUUGCCGCCCGCAGCUCUCCUCAUCUGUCGUCAUAGCCCGCACACUUACAAGUAUACUGCGCAGACUAUUCGUAAACUAGCUGACGCCGCGCGGUUUCACCCGCGUGGUUCCCGUUCCCGUAGGAAUACGGGGAUAAUAUAUAGCCUGUAGCCUGCCUCGAUAAAUGGACUACCUAACACUGAAAGAAUUUUUCAAAUCGGACCAGUAGUUCCUGAGAUUAGCGCGUUCAAUCAAUCAAACAAACAAACAAACUCUUCAGCUUUAUAAUAUUAAUAUAGACGAGGAAUUAUUCGUAAAUGAGCGAUUUAUAAACAAAAUUUGACUCAAAGACUUGAUUGAUAUCAACUCUUUCCGUACCCACAUUUUAAAUUUAACUAAAAUUAAAAUGUAAUUUGCCCUGCUCUUCAAAUGAAGGAAUGUUAUAUGAAGCGCUAUUUUAAAAAAGUUUUACGCAUUUUUUGUAUAGGUGGCUCAAGUUGUACUUUUUUAUAAAAAUUAAAUAAUAUAUAUGUUAAGAACCGUGUCUCUUCAUUAUAAAAAAAUAGUAAGAUAAUUUUACGUUGUCAUUAACUGAGGCUGGGAAGUUACUGUCUCAUGUUAAGGGUGCGUUCCGACCGACCAGACGCAAAUGAUUUGACCAAUCAGAUUUUUGCGUGAUGACGUCAUGAUCACGUGACCACGCAAAAAUCUUUGUUUAGUGGUAGCGCAUCCUACGUUUGAAGUUAUUGUUUAAGAAGCUCGCUUGUUAUGUCAAAUUCAUGUAACUAUCAUCUAGUAUUUGAAAUUGUUAUAUAAUGUCCUAAUAAUAUAAUGUUUUUUAUUAAAUGUUGUUUAAACAAAACAAAUCUGAAUCAUUUACCUGUGUCAGUAAUAAACAAUAUUUAGGAGAAAAAUAUACAGGUUAUAGAUUCACCAAGUUUUGUUUGUAUUAUUAUUAUUAUUAUUCGGUUGCUUUAAUUGUAAAAAUAAAAACUAAUAGUAAUAUAAUGUAAUCUUAAACAAAAUUAGAUAUAUAUUAUGUCACAUUAUCUAAAACCUAAUAAUAUAUUUUGUUUAAUUAAUAUCUUUAUGGCAGUACUAGUUUCUUUAUAUUCGUUUGUUUAAGCAUGUUAUCUAAAGACUUGUGGAAUUUAUUACGGUUUAUUUUUUGUAUUUCUUUUAUAUUUAUAAUAUGUAUUUGAUUAAGUGCUAGUUAAUUAUUAUAAAGCUUGUUUGAAUGGUUGUUUUAGGGCAGUGUUUUCUGCAUGGCAUCCAUAUUCUCCUAGAUAUGUCAAAAUGUGUAGAACAUUUUCCUAUAAAAUUAGUUUAACUUUAUUGUUGGGGAAUGCACCUUUUAUUUAAAUGUAUUGAAGACUGUGGUCGUCUCUUUUGCCUUUAGCUUUGUGUUUAGAAGUUGUGCUCAUAACAAUUCGCAAAAUCGUUCAAUUCAUUUGGAUUAUCAAAUAUUCUUUAAACAAGCUUCCAUUUUUAAGUACAGUAUUUUAAAAUAUCAAUGUGUGAGUGAGUCAAAAGGGUUAUAUUUCUGUCUCUCAUUGGCAACUUGUAAAUUGGGAACCACUAUAUUUAGGCAUUGCAAAUUCUAUUAGUAUAUGUAGGUAAUAUAAACGUUUUAGUUAUAAAGCAUAAUGCGGACGGAUUCAGGAGUAUAUUAUGUACUGUCGAACGUAGUAUUGCGUGUAAGGUUUAGGGCUGGUUUCACCACGUGAUAACUGUCACAUAGCUAAUUCGCAAGUUUUGUCUUUGUAACAAGUAAGAUAGCGACAGAACUAACGGUUAGACUAUCCGACACUCAUUGUGUAGUGAAACCGACCUUUAAUGUAUAAUUGUAAGAUGACUAACAUUUUACGUAGAUGUUAAUAGUGAACGCACACUUGUACACAUCGUUCGCGCUGUAAUAUGACAUCCGAUAAUACGCAUGCUGGUUUGCCGCGACUGCAAUAGUAUAAAAUCACCAUUAUAUUUUCAACUAACGGUAUUGGCAAUCUAUGAAUUUGUUUGUCUGUAAAUUCUUACGUAACGUUAGUACAAAAGACUCGUUUUUUUUCUUAUUCGGAGAUUGUGUAUCUCAUUUCCUGCACACUUAAUGGGGUAGUUAACUUAUAUUCAUAUCAAAUUUAUUAUUAGCAAUAUUUCGUUUAGUACUUGGAAUAAGGGUUCGAAAUAUACAUACCAAUUUUAAUUAAAUAUAGCAAAAGAUGACUUUCGAAACGCCAAAAACAUUGUCGUCAAUUUCGUGACGUCAUAGUAUUUGUAAAUAUAUACACGUCAAACUAAAUGAUGUCUGAUUUGUGCUCUAAACCGAUCAAAAUGCUUUAAAUCAGAGUUUUCUUGCAAUCUCGUUAUAUACAGAUAUGGAAUAUGGUAAUAAAUAUACUUUCGGUGUAAAUAUUAUUAUAAAUCAUCGUUUUAAUUAAAAAAACUGAAAUGCGACGUAAUGACACAGAUUACAGCUAUAGACCAUCAUGGCGGAUAGUGUUUUCGGGCAUUAUACAAAAGUUCAAUUUAAAAUUUCGGAGUAUUCUAGUUUCUAAAAAAAAACGGUAUAUUUUCUACGAUGUAACAGAACGAUAAUGAAUGAAUUAUAGAUCUUUAAAAAGUGUCAUCUAUCCUAAUAAGAAACGAUUGACGGAUUUUAACAUCGAGUUGAUACCAAUAUAAUGCGAUUGACUUUUUUAAAAUAAUUAAAUAUAUUUUGACAUUAUGUAGAACAAUUAUUGUGCGUUGUAAAACAGCGAGUGCGAUGUGCAUAACAGUAAAAUAUACUCAGAGGCACAAUUAUCCGGCCACUUUAAAAUGACGCGAGUAUAUUAAAGUGGGCGGAUAAUUGUGCCUCUGAGUAUAUUUGCCAAUAUUAUGCUAUCCAGUGCCGAUUGGAGAAUCUUACUGUGCGUUCAUGUUUAACACCGAUUAUAGACAUUUAAAAGUUUUGUUUCGUGAGGUAUUUGUGUCGAAGCAUCUGCAUACUAAGAAGCAUUUUUGAUAUAAAUAUAAUAUUGUAAUAGAAAAAUAUUGAUGGAUAUUUUGUACGCGAGUUCGGCCAUGUCUUCUUACAUGGGACGUCGUCAAAAUUAUUUUAUUACGUUUCGGCUGUGAAAAAUUAUUAGUUUAAGGUUUGAUAGAGUCCUUUUCAUGAAAGAAGUCCCGCGGCUAAAACCUGAACUAAAAUUGACAGAACCUUAAACAAAUGACAUUAUGACCGUCAUUACCAAAUGACAUGACAAUGAAUACCUUCUGGGGGACUUCUUUCAUGAAAAGCACUAUAGCUGUGUCACAGAAUAUUUGACCCACCAUACUAGGAGCGUUACACGUGUUUCUCAUUUCCCUACCUGAGUAUUACGAAGAUCGGAACAUGAAUACAGUAGAGCUCGUUCCAAUGUAAAUCCCAGCAAUGAAAUUUGAAUCACAAUUUUAUACCUAUUGUAAGUAAAAACCCGUCCAAAGUACACUUUUUCGUUCUCCAUUUUUAUAGAUACUUUGUGCGCGGAAUGUUGAAAUUAUAGGCCAGUAUGAAUUGUGUAGUCGGAAGUCUUACAUUUAAAAAAAAAGAAUUACGUUGUGAGGCUGACUGUUCUUGAUAGAAGCUAUAACUCUGGCAAGUUCGUUGACGACACUUCCAUGAUAUGCGGGCGACGGGGGGAAAGACUGCGCGUGAAAUCGUGCGUGCGGGAAACUGUCGUGGGUUUUUCAUUCAUCGCUACACGCCCCCCGGCCCGCGCGGACCAUCGGAAGUGUUACGAACGAAGUUGCCAAGCUAUAACCGCAUAUCUGAGACCUCGCCCGCGCGGUCCAGUAGUGUGUGUAUGACGACAGAAGAGAGAUGUUUGUUUAUUCUUUACAAGUAAGCCCUUGACCACAAUAUCACUUUAUGGUAAGUGAUGAUGCAAUCUAAUAUGGAAGUGGACUAACUUGGGAGUAGGAUGAAAAUGGACACGCUAAAUCGCAUCGCGGCUUUGCCUGUUGGAUGGUAACUGAUUACUAAAGAAUUAGUCUAGGUCAGCCGUGACCUUACGACCUUAACGGCAACACGUACCACCAAGCGAUUUAGCGUUCUGGUACGAUGACGUGUAGAAACCGAAAAGGGUGUGGAUUUUCAUUCUACUCCUUACAAGUUAGCCCGCUUCCAUCUUAGAUUGCAUCAUCACUUACCAUCAGUGAGAUUGUAGUCAAGGGCUAACUUGUAGAGAUAAAAAAAACACCUCAACAUUUCUGUAUUACUGCGCGACCGAGGACUCAUUUAUGUAGUCUGCAGUUUAGAUGCAUGAGUUUUUCAGUUAAAAAUAUAUUAUUAUUUCAAUUCGCAAUUGGAGUUGAAUAAAUAUUGUUUACUUGAAUAUAUUGCGCCUUAGUAAGUAAUUUAUAGAUGAUAUUUAUGGCACCUAAAUGAUGGAGUACCAUUUUUCUGCUUUUGGUGGUAUUUCAAUUGACCCUCUUCCACGACGUUUGAGUGUCCUUAUAUAUCUGCAGGGCAUUAUUUUAUACAAAAUAACUGUACGUUAACAUUUUGUAUGUGGUAACUUGUUUAAAUUUUUCGUAAUAGGGACUAUUUUUAAGAGUUGUAUACAUUUUAUGUGCUAGCAAAGAUUCUGGUAAAAGUUAUGACGUAAUACUUAUUUUUUAAUUUUAUGUAAUCGCUAGCAUAUUUAGUUGUAAUUAUAGAUAAAAAAUAGCACACUGCCCAAUAAUAUAGGUACACAAAUAAAUUUAAGGUGUCCUUGGAAUUACUCAUAAGCAUAGAUUCAAAAUUUGAUUCACGGAUAUCGCAUUUUUUAUAUAAAAAUAAAUGUUAAUAAUACCAUACCAUCACAAAAAAUCAUUAUCUGAUAGCAUUUUAUGAAAAAUGUAAGUAUUAAUAAUAAUUACUCUUUAAGGCACAUUCACAUUAACGUUUCGUGUUGUAUCUGAGACGCAACUAAAGAGAAGUCAUACAUUUUUAUUUGUAUGAUAGGGACGUGAAACAAAUGUGAAUCUGCCUUUAUAUUAAAUGUCUCGAAUAUUCAAUACAAAACAAUAGUUAACUAGGGAUCACAAAGCAAUAAUUUUCCCGUAUUUGUAUAUUAGUUAUAAUAUAAUUAUCGCUGUUAACGGAUGAAUUCUUCAAUACAUAUUGUGUUGUUUUAAUGUACGAGUAGAAGUUGGAAAAAUGCGGUGCACUCUCUAAAAGAGGACGUUAGGAUGUAUCGUGGUGCUAGCAAUCUGAUCUAUGCGACUGUCUAUCGAGAUGAAAUAUGUAUAUUCAUUUUGUCAUUUUAGAGCUUAUAUUAAUAUAUAUACCAUUAAACAUUAACUAUAUUAUGCUGUAAUUAUAAUUUUAAGAUUGUAUUUUUUCCGUUUCCUAUAGUGUGGUGACGCUGGCUGCUUUAUUAAGUGUUGCAAUCGAGAAAUUGCGUUGCGGUUUGGUAAAAAGUUGUUUGUAUUCGUGUAUUAUAUUUAUAGUAAAGUGAUUGAAACGAUAGUUUCGCUCGGAUUAAUCUGUGUUAUUGAAUAGGCUAGUUGACACUUUUUAUUAAUGAUAUCUUAAAUUGUUUAUUAUACUUUUAUUAGAUCCUCAGACAAAUUAGAUCAAGACUUGACUUGCUAGACGUUACCCCUCUGACAAAGUAUAAGAUCAACGAUCUAACUCGUUUUUAAAAACUGUUUCUAUAGAAUAAUACUUCAUUGUUGUAAUCGUUUUCGUCUUUCAAAAGGUUCUCUAAAAAUGCCGGUUUGUGUAGUUGAAUGGUGUAAAAAACGGUCAACAACAAGUAUUUUAGUAUAUAUCAAAUUUGUAAUAAAAACGAUAUCUGAAAACAAUUCAUUCUUCAGCCGGAACAGCAAAACAUUGGUCAUGUAAUCGAAUGUUCUGUGUAGUCUUAACGAUGUGUUUGUUAAAGUUGUAUUAGUGUGUAUAUUGCAAUAAACAUUUAUAGUUGUGUGUAGUGUAAGGACACGAAAUAUAUUUAUUUGUGUUAAAAUAUUUUCGCUGUGUGAGUUUACCUCAUCCCCCUCAAAACACGACAGACAGUUUUGUUAUUGAAUUUGGAUGCGAUGCAACUCAAUAACUGAUUCCUCUAUGAUUAUGAUCACAAAAAAUAUAUCGAUUUUUUUCGAGACUUACCUCAAGUAAGUUCUGUUCUAGUUUUCGGCUUUCGGUUUUUGUUAAAAACCAUGAUUUUUAAUGUAAAAAACCAUGAUAGUAAUUACCAUCUCUGUAUUUAACGAGAUUUGAGGAAAAUGGUCGGUCAAAGAAUUUAGAUUGGUAAAGCAAAAAUGAGAUCACAAAAUGGCCGACAGUUUUUUUGGCAUUUGGUAUAUUAGAUAAAAUAAUAUUUUUAACUUGAGUUUCUAACAAUCUUUUGCUAUUUUUUUUAACAUAAUUGAUAUAUUUCGGACCUUUAUUCCAAGUACUAUAUGAAAUUAAUAUUGUUUAUAUUAAAUUGUAUAUAAGUCAACUACCCUAUUCAUUUGUGAAAAUUUGUAAAAACAAAAAUACUGUAAAUCGGACUGGAAAGCCAAAGUAAACAGUAUUUUAUAAA